AUGACUGACCACAGCGAUGUUAACGACAGGAAUAGCUGGUCAUAUCCAGAUUUACAAUCACAACUAUCUGAACAACCGAGGACAUUUGUCUAUCAAACACAACCAUUUACGAUAAGCGAACAAUUGGCAGAGAAAAAGAAGAAAGAAAAGAAAUGUCACAGUAAUCGAAAGCUGCAACACUUCAAGCGCAAGUGUCGAGCCCGUGGUUUAACUGAAGAACAAAUUCAUGGUUUAAUUCAAACGAAACAUCACACAAUAUCCGAACCAUCUAUAAGUGUUCAAUUAACUACGUGCCGUCCAAAACAGUCAAAUAAACGGAAGAGAGACUUAUAUAAUAAAAAACUAUUAACAAAGAGGAAGAAGGCGAGAUAUAAUAGUAGGUCGUUAAGCAGUAAAGACAACACCAGUAGUUCAAAUAAACAUACUUGUACUGUAUACAAACAAUCAAAGUAUUUGAGGAUGCCACGAAAGCUAUUUCAACAUUCAUUACGUCUGCAGUUGAAGCAUCCACUGAAACGGAAAAAAGAACGACACUUCAUUGUAGAACGUCUUCAACUACUUGAUCAACAGUUCUAUCUCGAUCAUAUUCGAUCUCUCUAUCAAACUUAUUUUAAUCAAGGUCUUAAAUUUCAUAUGUGGUCUGAUGAUAUCCUCAAGAUUGCGCAAACAACAGAACGCAGUGUCAUCCAAAAGUAUCCCGAAGAGUACUUGAUAUUAUUACGAGACGAAAUCAGUCAAUGUACAACUGAAUUAGCAAUUCAAUCAUCAUCGUGUCCACUGACUUUAUCUUUACUGGAGAUUGUCGAUGCGCGACUGCAUGAAUUUGUUCGUCUGCAUCAUAUUGACUUAAUGAGGACGAUUCGUUUUCGAAUCAAUAAACUCAAAGACGAAGUUCAUGAAAAACAACUAUUUCAACACUUAUCUUACUAUUAUUUAAAUAAUGAUCAAUUUAAAGCAAUUUCUCGAUUGACCACUAUUCGCAAGAAACAAUUGAAGGUAUUCGAAGAACAAACCAUGCUUGAGCAACAAAUCUUAUGCCAUCGGCUACCAGAAUCUCACGACUCCAUAGUACCGAAUCUUGAUAUGAAAAAGCUUUCAAAAAAGCAUUGUAAAAUGGUACAAAAGCUAAAACGGUUGACAUUAAACUUAGAAUUACAGCGAUAUGAAGAGGACAUCCAUCGUUAUGAGCAGUUAUACCAAGAAGAAUUCAAUAAGCUUCAACAACAAAUUCUAAAUCCAACUUCAUCUGACUACAAACAUCAAAUAGAUAUCUUAAUGUACUCUGUCGAAUCCUAUCUAAAUAAUUAUAAGCAUAGACUUUUACGUCAAAUAAGACACAGAGAAGCAUAUUUUCAUACAAAUUUGAUCCGACAACGUCGUCGUCGACAAUCGUUCAUGAGAGAAAACAACAUUCAGGUGCAUCCACAAAUUAUUGUCGAUGUUCCAAAAUUCGUGAUACUCUCUUCGAUGACUGACCACAGCGAUGUUAACGACAGGAAUAGCUGGUCAUAUCCAGCUUUACAAUCACAACUAUCUGAACAACCGAGGACAUUUGUCUAUCAAACACAACCAUUUACGAUAAGCGAACAAUUGGCAGAGGAAAAGAAGAAAGAAAAGAAAUGUCAUGGUAAUCGAAAGCUGCAACACUUCAAGCGCAAGUGUCGAGCCCAUGGUUUAACUGAAGAACAAAUUCAGGGUUUAAUUCAAACGAAACAUCACACAAUAUCCGAACCAUCUAUAAGUGUUCAAUUAACUACGUGCCGUCCAAAACAGUCAAAUAAACGGAAGAGAGACUUAUAUAAUAAAAAACCAUUAACAAAGAGGAAGAAGGCGAGAUAUAAUAGUAGGUCGUUAAGCAGUAAAGACAACACCAGUAGUUCAAAUAAACAUACUUGUACUGUAUACAAACAAUCAAAGUAUUUGAGGAUGCCACGAAAGCUACUUCUACAUUCAUUACGUCUGCAGUUGAAGCAUCCACUGAAACGGAAAAAAGAACGACACUUCAUUGUAGAACGUCUCCAACUACUUGAUCAACAGUUCUAUCUCGAUCAUAUUCGAUGUCUCUAUCAAACUUAUUUUGAUCAAGGUCUUAAAUUUCAUAUGUGGCCUGACGGUAUCCUCAAGAUUGCGCAAAUAACAGAACGCACUGUCAUCCAAAAGUAUCUCGAAGAGUACUUGAUAUUAUUACGAGACAAAAUCAGUCAAUGUACAACUGAAUUAGCAACUCAAUCAUCACCGUGUCCACUGACUUUAUCUUUACUGAACAUUGUCGAUGUGCGACUGCAUGAAUUUGUUCGUCUGCAUCAUAUUGACUUAAUGAGGACGAUUCGUUUUCGAAUCAAUAAACUCAAAGACAAAAUUCAUGAAAAACAACUCUUUCAACACUUAUCUUACUAUUAUUUAAAUAAUGAUCAAUUUAAAGCAAUUUCUCGAUUGACCACUAUUCGCAAGGAACAAUUGAAAGUAUUCGACGAACAAACCAUGCUUGAGCAACAAAUCUUAUGCCAUCAGUUACCAGAAUCUCUCGACUCCAUACUACCGAAUCUUGAUAUGAAAAAGCUUUCACAAAAGCAUUGUAAGAUGGUACAAGAGCUAAAACGGUUCACAUUAAACUUAGAAUUACAGCGAUAUGAAGAGGACAUUCAUCGUUAUGAACAGUUAUACCAAGAAGAAUUCAAUAAACUUCAAGAACAAAUUCAAAAUCCAACUUCAUCUGACUACAAACAUCAAAUAGAUAUCUUAAUGUACUCUGUCGAAUCCUAUCUAAAUAAUUAUAAGCAUAGACUUUUACGUCAAAUAAGACACAGAGAAGCAUGUUUUCAUACAAAUUUGAUCCGACAACGUCGUCGUCUACAAUCGCUCAUGAGAGAAAACAACAUUCAGGCGCAUCCAUAA